AUGCACACAACUAGUACCUACAAGUGUCAAGCAUUCCAUGCAGAUGAUGCAGACAAUCUCCCCAACAACAAUGUCUCUUUGGUCAUGCUAAGUGCUAAAGAAGAUUUUGAUGUUUUGGAGGACAAUGACAAUCAAGCUGAAAUUGUUAACAAGCAAGACACUACAUACUUUGUUCAAGAGGAAUUAGAGUGUACAAAAUGCUACACAAAAUUCCUUACACACAAUGCCUUAUACAAACAUCUAGACAAGGCAAAGCAUAAAGAGAAGAUUUCUAAAAGGGCUAAGGAGAUAACUGUCAUUGAGUCAUCAGCACCACCUGCCAAGCAAGUCUCCAGGCUUGACUUAGUCUCUUAUACCUACAUGGAAGUCAACAUUUCUUUUAAUUCUCAAAUGUCUAACAUCUACAUGACAGUGGUAGAUACAGGCUAUGGCAGCUCAAGCAUGGACAAAGAGUUUAUAAAGCUCAUUCUACCUAAGAACAUUUAA